AUGGAUCAAUUUAUAUUGUUAAUUUUUUUCAUUGGAUAUUUAAUUAUAUCAGGAGUAAUAGGGAUACGGUUGUUGGUAAUAUAUAGUCAUAAAGAAGAAAAAAAACGUUUCCUUUUUUUUUUAAUAAAAUUUUUUAUUAUUAUUGGAUUUGUACUAAGUUGGGCAUUAUUAAUAUUACUACCAGUUGAUAUUUAUUACAAUUUAUCAUUAGAACUGAAAAAACAUUUAAAUAUAUUUGUAUUAUACAGAAUAUUUUACUGGUCAUGUUUAUUAUACAUUUUUAUUUUGACUCCUAUUUUGACACUUAUUUAUAUAGAAUCUUAUAAAAUAAAUUACAAUAGUGAUCAUAACAGUAAGGAAAUUUUAAAAUUUAAGAAAUAUGAUAAAAUUAAAAAGAAAUGCAAAAUUUUUUUUAUAAAAAUAUUGCCAUUUUCUUUACUUUUUUUUGUAUUAGCAUUUUGCCUAAUUGUUUUAACAUAUAUACCAUUUAGAAAAAUAAAUUUAAGAUUAAAUGCAGAAGAUUGUAAAUCCUGGUAUUCAUAUAUAAAUGAUAUAUAUAAAAAAAAUUUUUCUAAGUAUAAUAUAAGAAAAAUAGAACAUUGUAACAAAAUAAAAAAUACAAAAAUUAAAAUGAGCAUAGAAUUGAAUUUUAAUAAUUAUAUUAUCAUAUUCAUUUCUUUUCUUGGUUAUAUUUUAUUUUCUUUUUAUUGUGGGAUUGGGUUAAUAUCAUUCCCUUUGAAUCUAGUUGAGUCAUAUAUACAAAGAAAAAAAAAAAUUAAAGAAGCAGAUUUUAAAAGAGAAUUAUCAUCAAUUAAUAGGAAAGUAAAAGCGUUAAUAUAUAUAACUGAAAAGCUACAAACAGAAAAAGAAGAACUUGAAAAAAUGAGUUAUAUAAAGUCAUUUUUUAAAUAUGUGAAACAUAAUAGAGAGAAAAAAGUUCUCAAUUACAUAGUACAUAAAUUAGAGAAUGAUUACAAGGAUUUAUUAGAAUCUUAUUAUAAUCCUAAUAAAAGAAUAUUAUCCUUUUUUUCAUUAUUAUUAGGAAUAAUCUUUUUAAUCCUAAGCAUAACUAUAAUUAUGCAUAUUAUUUUUUAUAUUAUAUUAAAUUCUCUAAAAACAAUCGAUAACGUUUUUAGUCAUAUAACAAUUUUGGAUACUUUUUUAGUGCUUUUAGUAAAAAAUAACUUAAUUAUGCUUUCACUGAUAUUCUAUACGAUGAUCAAUUCUUAUUUACUUAUUUGUGCAUUAUCUGGAUUUAUUUAUUUUUGUUCAAAAUUUAAUUUAGGAUUAAUUUUUGCUUUACAAAAAAAAGAUACUUAUUUAAAUUCUUUGCUUUUGAAUAUAUGUCUUUUUUUUUUUGUUGCAUCAGGAGCAGUAAAAUUCUCAACAAAAAUAUUUCAUAGAUAUUCAAGUUACACUUAUGCAAAUUCCUUUUUUGAUCUAACUUCAAAAAAUCUAAACUUCAUUGGGUUAUUGUACUCAAAAGAUAUAUUUUUAUAUUUAAUUUUAAUAAUUAAUUUACUUACUUUUAUUCUAUUUUUACUUCCUAAAAAAUGCGAUUUUACUUCUCGUUCUAUCUCAUAUAAAUAUUUUAAUAUAGCUAAAGAUGCUGACUUAGAAAGUAAUGUAUCAGUAAAUUUUAAUAAGCAUGAUUUCAAAGAUAUUGAAAUUUUUAAAUAA